AUGUUAAACAAUAACCUGCUUGAAAUGCGCAUUCAAACCUGUACGUGCCAUUUUCAGGUGCUGUCUCAAGGUUCCCCAGUCCAAGCCCAACACCGCACCAAAAACGACUGCGACAGGAAUUCCUUAAGUGUCGCCGUCCUAAUUCUUGUCGUUGUCAUGGUCGUAGCGUCUGCCAUCUUCAGUUUAACGAAACCACAGCGCGGAGGACAACAUAACAGAAUAAAUCUAUGCAAGGAUGACAUAUGCCUUCAUCCAAUCUGGUUGACAUCGAAUCUCAACCAAAGCGUGGAUCCAUGUGACGAUUUCAGCGGCUACGUCUGUUCAGCCUGGAAACCGACUCUUCAGGAUAUAGCCCGGACUAUCGGUCAUUUCCCAAAGUAUAAAUGGAUGAAAAAUAAGGCCAAAUAUCUAUCGGGCAAAUCCUUUUCCACUGAAUGGAUGAAGUAUGUCGCACAAGUCUAUAAGUCCUGCAUCGACCGAACGGGCGAAAACCAAAGCGAGACCUUAGCCGAGUUUACGUCGUUUCUCAACAAGCGAGUUCUUCGGAGGCCGGACGACCUCAACGAAGUGAGUCCAUUGGAUGUGGCGCUAGAUCUUUCCAUUCGUUGGCAGAUUCCCUUCUGGUUCGAUGUGCAACUCUUAACAGAGACGUCGUCCAAACGGCGAAGAAUUUAUUUCUCGCCCAGCAGAGACACCUUUUGGAAAUCAACGUACAGUGAAUUUACCGACGAAUGGAAGUACCGAAAGCUUUUGGAAGAUUUCCGCCGUAUCUUUCUCUACCACAACGUAGCGAACGCAAACUACUCCGAGGCAAAUUUCAGAGUGGCCGCUGAUAUAAUAGGGUCUAUUUACAACACGUCGUUCCGCAAGCAAAAAAGGCCUGCAAUCCUUUCGUUCCAUGAUUUGGAGGGCCUUCUCCCCGCCGGCAAGGGAAACAACUGGACGGGCCUCCUCAACAAGAACUUCAGACCGACUCCACCAUUCAGCGGCCGCGACAUAAUCCUAGUGAGCGACACCGAAAUUCUGGAAGUUUUAAAACGACUUUUGCGCACCCAUGGUUGGGCACACGUCUUGAACCAACUCGCCUGGUGGUUCGUCCAGGCCUACGCCGUCGUAGCUUCGGACGACGCCUUCGUCGUAAAGUACGGAGGAAAAGCGAGUGCGAACGCUAUGAAGCCACUGUUUUGCGAAAUUGAGGUGGAAGAAGCCUACACUCUUCCUCUACUCGUCGAUCACGUCUCAUCAAACUAUAAUUCCAGCGAUCGGACCGCCAUCAAUGUUCUCUUGGAAAGUGUGAUCAUGGCGGCUAUCACAAAAAUAGGCGAGUGUGACUGGAUGGACAACAGAAGCAGGAAGGCUGCAGUCGAUAAGCUAAGAGAAAUUUUCAUAAAUCUCUGGCCUCGAGAGGACAUCUAUGCCGAAUUUUUUCCUCCCUCUGCAGAGCGACAAAAGCAGAAAUCCUACGUGAGGUACUGGAUUCGUGAUCACGAGCUGAGCGCAUCGGAGAUAGGAGCAGCAAUUUAUUACGAGAAGAAUCGCAUGGCGCACAAUUUCAGAGACGAAACGUUCGAGUACGACUACCUUCUCAACAACGUGUCGCUGCCGAUGCUGGCCCUUGAAGACCCGUUCUACGACCGUCGAGGUAGCGCAGCGUUUAAUUACGGAGCUCUGGGCUCCGUUUUCGCCCGAAAAGUGGUGAUGUCCUUCGACCCGCAGGGCAUCAACCACCUUCCCAACGGUACUUUGCACUCGUGGCUGUCCAAGGACUCCAAGGCCACGUUCAUGCAAAAAGCGACAUGCGGCGUAGAAGAUUUUCAGCCGAAUAUUUUUCCAGAAAUUCCGGGACUGGAGGUGACCUUCCGAGCGUUUCAGGACGCGAGUCGAAGCUCUCAAAGGUCGUCCGAGGACCACCCGAGCGUAGAGGACAAGAAGAUGUUCUUCCUCGCAUUUUGCCACGUUAUGUGCAUUCUCGAUGCGAAAGGAAUUGGGGAGAGAUGCAACGUGGUAUUGAAACAUUUUAGACCGUUCGCGGAAACCUUUGAGUGCCCGCUGGGUUCCUCGAUGAACCCGACCCAUAAAUGCAGGUUUUUUUGA